ACAGCCCCGCCAUAGCGGCUGAAGGGGCGGGCGCCAGGGCUGAGGGAAUCUAAGCUGCUCCGUGGUGCAAGAUGGCGGACAUCUCCUUGGACGAGCUCAUCCGGAAGCGGGGAGCUGCUGCAAAGGGGCGGCUCAAUGUCAGACCAGGUGUUGGAGGUGUCCGAUCUCAUGUUGGGAUCCAGCAGAGCUUCCUUAGCCAGCCAGCACGAACAGCCACCUUCCAGCAGAGGUUUGAUGCCCGGCAGAAGAUUGGCCUCUCAGAUGCCCGGCUCAAGCUGGGAGUCAAGGAUGCCCGGGAAAAGCUUUUGCAGAAAGAUGCUCGUUUCCGGAUCAAAGGGAAAGUGCAGGAUGCCAGAGAGAUGCUGAACUCCCGCAAGCAGCAGAGCACAGCGCCCCAGAAGCCCCACCAGGUAGCUGAUGCCAGGGAGAAGCUCAGUUUGAAGCGGAGUUCCCCUGCUUCCUUCAUGAGCCCACCCAUUGGGACGGUGACCCCAGCUCUGAAGCUCACUAAAACCAUCCAGGUUCCACAGCAGAAGGCCAUGACCCCAUCUCAUGCCCAUCCUGCUGGAAUGAGGAUUAACGUCGUCAACAACCACCAGGCCAAACAGAAUUUAUAUGACCUGGAUGAAGAGGAUGACAUUGCAGCUCCCAUUCCUAGUAAACAGAUGAAAUUUGCAGCCUCAGGCAACUUUCUCCACCAUGUGGCCGGGCUGAGCAGUUCCAAGCUCUCCAUGUCCAAGGCCCCCCCCCUCACCAAAGUGGUUCAGAAUGAUGCAUACACAGCUCCUGCUCUCCCCUCCUUGGUUCGAACAAAAGCCUUGACCAACAUGUCCCGGACACUAGUGAACAAGGAGGAUUCCCCCAAAGAGCUGCCGCCUGCUGAGCCUAUCCUCAGCCCUUUGGAAGGCACCAAGAUGACUGUGAACAAUCUGCACCCUAGGGUCACCGAGGAGGACAUUGUUGAGCUUUUCUGUGUAUGUGGAGCCCUAAAGCGGGCUCGGCUGGUCCAUCCUGGGGUAGCAGAGGUGGUCUUUGUGAAGAAGGAUGAUGCCAUCACUGCAUACAAGAAAUACAACAACCGAUGUCUGGAUGGGCAACCAAUGAAGUGCAACCUUCACAUGAAUGGAAACGUCAUCACUUCCGACCAGCCCAUCUUGCUACGGCUGAGUGACAGCCCCUCAGUGAAAAAGGAGAGUGAGCUGCCUCGCAGGGUGAACUCUGCCGCCCCGUCCAACCCGCCUGCCAAAGUGGACCCUGACACCAUCCUGAAGGCGCUCUUCAAGUCCUCGGGGACCUCUGUGACCACACAGCCCACAGAAUUCAAAAUCAAACUUUGAGCGGGGAGUGAGGCAGCCAGAAGCAGGGGCAGAGGAGGGUGGCUCUGUUUCCCAAAGCUGGUGACUAACGGGCCGUCGGACUGGGGCCCCAGGCAGGGGUAGAGAGCCUCCUCACGGGCGGACCGCCUUCUGUGAUGUUCUACCCUGUGCUCUUCUGUACGUUAACACUUCCUGUAGUGUGUUUCUUCUCCCUCCACCUUCUUGCCAAGGUAGGUUUGUGUUGCUCAGAGUGUCUCUCUCCCUAACCUCAGCCCCAAAGAGUUCUCUGGAAAUGGGGUCCAGAAUUCUCGCGUGCUUUCUUACGUCUCCACGGAAUACAUGGUCAGGCUGUUUGACGGACACUGCUUUCUCCAGUGGGGAGGGCCGUGCCUCCCCUUUUUGAUUUUUAAACUUUUCCAACAAAGUGGAGAGUGGAAGUUCCUGCCAUCCUAAUGGGAGCCAGGUCAGCUCCAGAGCUGUGCCUCUCACCUGCCUGGGCAGUGGAGACGGCCUGGGUGGGCAUCGGGUCACAGGCCUCCUGUCCUCUCACCACAGUUGGCUCCAGACCAGUCUGGUCUGGAGAGGGCCCUGUUGGCAAGGGCAGGGUGAGGCUGCUGCUCUGCCAGGAAGAGUGAGUCCCUAGGUCCCAUUUCCCUUUUCCCUUGGGUUAUGCCGAGUGCUCCACCCAGCUCUCGGCCUCUGGUUAUCACUGCUGGGAAGGCUUGUGUUGUGGGCCCUCUAAGUGUCUCUAGCCCAGCACACAUCAGUGCCGUUCUCACUAGAUCUGACACUGCAUGUGGGUCUUAGUGAAAGGGCAGGUGUUGGCUUGCUCCCAGCUCCCUGGUUCUGGCCUCAGAUCUGUCUGCAAGACCAUAGUCAGGGAUUCUGGGAGCACAUAUACAGCUGCCACCAGGGGGCACUGUCUUCAUUAUAAGUGGCCUGUCUGGCCCUAACCAGAAGGAUAUUUUCCUGCCUUGGCAAUGGGUGGGGGGGUGGUAAGGAGGGAGUUGAGAGAGCAAAGCAGUCCUUCUAGGCAAGCAGUAGGUUACUGCCUCGGCAUGGCUCCAGGGCAUUGGGGCAAAACGAGAACCCAGGGGCAGCCCUGAAUACCAGGACAGCAUUGCUCCAGAGUCAGUGCCAGUCUCUGCCAAUUUGUUGGGGCUGUAAAGGGAGUCUAGGCUGGCAGAGCUGGAGAGAGUUGGGGAGGAUUCUGGGAUCGCUACAGAAUCAGUAGCAAGUACUGUGAAAGGCACCAGCCUAGAAAGUAAAGGGGACUGAGACACAGCUGCUUGGGGCCAGCCCACUGAAGACAAACCUGGAAACUCGUCUUUCCACGAAGUUCAGUCUGUCGAGUGGGAAGGACCCAGGGUUUGAACCCAGCCCAUCCUCCAGCUCUGAGGUUGCCUAGGCCUUGGCAAGACCAAGGAAUGUGCCUAGUGGUGCUCCCUUCCCAGGUCUUUAAAGAAUGCAGUUCUUGUUCCCUUCUUCCCCUUUGAACGAGUACAAAUCGAGUUCUCUCAGCAGCUGGAAGACAUUCCUCCUACACUUUCCUGAAACUUCUUGGCCCAAAAGAGCACCCAAGGCAGUAGGACCUCAUUUCUCAGGUCCUGAGCAGUCUGGCCACGCUCGGACUCUGUUUCGAGUAGAGAUGGUAAACGUUCUGCCUACGUGGUGUUACCCUUCCCAACCUCCAGUCCCGCCAGAGUGUCACUGAGCUAGGUGCAGCUGCCUGCCACCUGCACUCCAUCCUCUGCACACCCAUGUGGUGCAUUGUGGGGUGAAGCCUGUUCGCCUCCCCUGGUCUGUAGGAUGGCAACGUGGAAAAUGGAAGAGAAGGUGGUGGGCCAAUGUUUGUGUUCCUCUUAAACUUCCCGCUCCCCUACAUUCCCAAUCUGUGUCUCUUGUUCAGAAAAGGGGGAAGAGGCAUUAAAGGAUGGGGGAGACUCUGUUAC